AUGCCUAUCCUGUCCAUCGUCUCCCCUGAAAUCCCCGCCGAGGGCCAGGACAAGUUCCUCGCUGCUCUGCCUACGAUUCUCAGUGAUAUCAAGAGCCAGCCUGGUGUCGCAGGCGUCACCGCUGGUCAGAUUGUCGGCCAGGACGGCGCGCCCGUGACCGACUUCAAGUUUGUCCAGGCCAUCGCAUUCAAGACGGCCGAAGACGAGAAGACGUUCGCCGACUCCGCAUGGUCACAGGAGCAGAAGGCUCGGUACCUGGAGAAGUCCGGCGACCUGCCGGCGGUCGGCCGCUUCGAGGUGCCUGAGUUUCCCGCAGACAAGGCCCCUCCGGCCUACCUGCAGUACUCGACGCUCCACAUCGAGGACGAGAGCAAGCACGCCGAGGCUCGCAAGGUUUUCGAGGAUGUCAUCAAAGCGCUGGGCAAGGAGGCCUUUGGCGGACGCACCAUCGACCAGCCCUUUGUUGGGUUGGGCAUCAUCGGAUGGGAUAGCCUCGAGGAGGCUGGUGCUGCUUUCAAGCAGCCUGAAGUGGCCGCCCUGUGGGCGAAGUACCUGAGCCUGGGCAAGGGCAAGAACAUUAUUGUUAGGAUUCACCAGUGA